UGUGCUUUUAAACAUGGCUGCGAGCGGGCGCCGCCGUUUAGUACACUCGCAACCGGUGACGGAGGCACGCGUCAACGCGUUCGAUAACAAAUUGCGGACAUCAAUAAAUAAAUAAAAAAAAACUUUAACACAAAUGUGCCAAAGGAAUUUUAUUCCACUUUUAAAAACCUUACGUGUUUAAUAAAUAACUAAAAAGCGCGCGAGUGUGUGUUGGACGCGUUCGUAUGGAUCUUAACUAGCCGGCGAUACGGAGCAUUCCAAAUAAUUCGUAUUGGUCAAGGUCCGUAUUAAGAUUGGCGUAUUAUUGGUGUGAAAUUGUGCGGUUUCGUAUCCUGAUUCACGUGUUCCAUAGGAUUGAAACACGAUGAAGCAACGAGUAGCGACGGAUGAGCGGCCCUUUAAAACGGGAUCCACAGAUGAAACUCCUAGCGAAGAAGAACCGGCAGCAGCUUUGGUCGUACCUCCAGAUGGCGGCUGGGGAUGGGUGGUCAUGAUUGCCUCGUUCUGCUGCAAUUUCAUGGUUGAUGGUGUUAUCUUAUCCAACGGAGCCAUACUACCAGCCAUUAGAAAAGAAUUUAACGCGACUGAAAUUGAAGUGGCUCCGAUCAACUCCUUGCUUGCUGGCUUCUACCUUCUUCUUGGACCUAUAGCCUCGGCCUUGGCAAACAAAUACGGAUUCCGAACGGUGACUAUCCUAGGGAGUGUGAUCUCCGCGGUUGGAUUUGCCACUUCCUACUAUGCCACUAGCCCUCAAUAUCUCUACGUUUCUUAUGGAGUGAUCGGAGGAUUCGGAGUUUGUCUGAUAUUUAUGCCCGCUGUGCUGACCGUCGGAUUUUACUUCGAGAAAUGGAGGGCUCUCGCCACGGGAAUAGCUCUCUGUGGCUCCGGAGUUGGAGUCUUUGUCAUGUCACCCAUUACCAAGUCGCUUGUUGAUACCUACGGCUGGAGAAUGACCAUCUUCAGUCAGUCUGGCAUGAUGUUGCUGUGCAUCCUUUUCGGAUUAACCUUCAAACCAAUUGAGCCAGUGCAUGUUGUGGUAGAAGAAGAAGCUGCCACAUCUGAGGAAGAAGAAGCGGAACGUAACAAAUUAGCGGCAGAGAAACUUAAAAAUAUGAUGAAACUCGAAAAUAGACUUGACUCUGGCAUAAGAAUGCCACACGACAUGAAAUUCGCAACCAAAUCUAGCCCUCACACUUGGAUGGGCGUGUCUAAUAACACGCGUUACCCGACAGCCGAAGAGGUCUUCCGUGGAAGCAGCACUGUCCUUAAUGCGCAGCGACGAUCCUCCGCUACUGCAGGAACGAUUAAAAGUAAUCUGGGAGCUAAACCCGCUUACGCAACCGUCAGUGAAAAAGACGAACAAGAAGACUCUAACUCUACUCCCGACAAGGCAACUCAACCUUUGAUUGGAUCCGUACUUAGAGUCAUGUCUCACACAGACUACAGCCACCAACGCCGUUCAACAGUUGACUUAGUUGCCAGGCCUUUAUACCGUGAGGACAUCUUCUUCGGAGCUAGUUUGGCCAGGCUACCUCAAUACACAUCUCGAACAUCUCUUGGAUACCAUUUGGCUGUCACACACGUACCGUCAGCUGAAGACGAAAAAGAAGAAAAAGGCAGAUGCCAAAUUUGCCCUGUAGCCGUGCGUAGAGCUUUGGCGACUCUUUUGGACAUAAGCCUAUUCAAGUCUGUAACUUUCGUAAUUCUGGCUAUUAGUGGUUUCUUCACGAUGACUGGUUUCUUUGUACCCUUCGUAUACGUGCAAAACAGAGCACGAGAAAACGAUGUACCAGCCGAGGCUAUUGAGUGGUUGGUGUCUUCGAUUGGUGUAGCGAAUAUUGUUGGAAGAUUGCUCUGUGGGCUGGUGUCAUCUAUGCCGAAGGUGUCCCCAUUGUUGGUGACCAACAUUGCUCUCACCAUGGGCGGUCUCGCUACGAUGCUGAGUAACUUGUGCUUCGAUACCUACUUCCAGUACGGAUACUGCGUCAUAUUCGGUCUUUCUGUGGCUUGCUUCGCUGCCCUGCGUUCCAUCGUCGUAGUUGAAUUCCUUGGACUCGAGAGAUUGACCAAUUGCUUCGGCCUCUUCCUUCUCUUCCAAGGACUUGGUGCUUUAAUUGGAUCACCUAUUGCUGGAAUGCUGUACGAUGCCACAAAGAGCUACGCUAUAUCAUUCUACGUAUCCGGUGCAUUUAUACUCCUAUCAGCAGUUAUGUGCUAUCCUAUUAAUAGGAUUAGUAAGUGGGAGAAGAAACGCGCUGAAGAGAAUGAGAAAUUGAAGAACACUCUCCCGACAAGUUUAGUUGACAAAGUAUAACCGAAGAGACCAACUGUUGCGGACAACACAUUGGUGCCAAAUGGACUCUAUUGAAAAAUAGUUCAAGCAGUUUUGUAGCUGCCGGAUGAGUGUGUUAAACGAAGCAAAGGUAGCUGGCAUUCAAAUGUACCGUCUGCCGAAGAAUGAGUGUGCACUAAUGCAUGUGACGAAUAAUAAAUGAUGUAUCUGCAUAGUGUGAAUACCAGCCUUAUUCCCGUAUUCAUGAAUGACCUUAAACGUAAGUGAAUGCACUCGCUGCCAUUGUAAUGGUUUAACAUUGCCUUGGCGCAUUCGUUCAUGAAUAUGGAAAUUAUUUUCUGUAAGACUCGGAUUUUUUAAUCUACAUUUAUUUACAAAAUGUACCUAGUGUUAUUUUAGUUGUAGAUAUCAGUGAAACUUGGAGAGAUCAAGUUACAUGUAAUUAAUAUUUUAAUUAUUGUUUAACGUUUAACAGUCCUAAAUGUGUACCUCGAAUACGAAAUUAUCAAUUAGAUACAUUCCCAAUAGUUAAGGAUUGGCCAAAUUCAGUGAACCUUUAAGUGCAACGAGAUGUUUUUCGAAUCAAAAUGAAAUGAGAGUAUCCUCCGUACUCGUAGACACUUGCCUUCUGACAUAUUAUAUGUUCCCAUCCAAAUUAUGUUUUUGUAUCCUUUGACCAGUCCUUAAAUCUUUGUCAAAACUGCAAGAGACAUUUGCUUUUGCAAUGAUUCGAUUAAGUCAGAUAAAUGCAUUUAAAAUAGGUUUAGAGGUUUUAAAGUACAAAGACUCGAAAUAUAAAUAUUUUAGUUUCGCAGUUUUGCCUCAUUUGGGGCCCAUUAAAGGAGAUCUGAAGCCAAAAUGUACUUUAAAUUUAUAGUUGUGUUACAUUUAUCUAGAUAAUGUUUCGUGUGCCUAGUUGUUCUAAUGCCCAAAUACUAAAACGCCUCUCAAUUAUCCAAGAACGCCGUCGGAAAUAAGUUCCAGUCCGGCAAGUGUUAUGCACCUUUCUAAGAUAUGUAGUUAUUAGGGCUUUGGUCCAGCUCUUGACCCAUUCUCUAACAGCUUCAGUGUUAAGAGGUUUUAUAAAUGUAUCCACUUCAGCGAAGAAGAAGAUUGAUCCAUCUUGUCCAUUAAUAAUGAAAUCGAAAUUUCUCUAAAAUACAUGACACCCAAGAGGGUGAGGAGACCAUGCUAAACGGAUAGAUUUUGACAUCUUUUCUAUUUUAAUAUUGGUACAAAAGAUGUGUUAAGACAUGGGGAAAAGUAUCUAAAGUUUAUUGAUUUAAGUCCUAUUAUGCUAUGAGCAUACUCUGUUCACCUGGCGCCCAUGUACCUAGCUAAUGAUGUUAUGUUACUGGACGGACUGACUUAAUAGCAACUUAGAAUUGAGUAGGGUUUCAGUGUUUGAGGCGUGAGUGGUGCAUAAUAUAAGACUACUUUUGUAUAGAUGUAAUUCGUUUUAAUGGUUUACUGUUAUCAGUACCGACUUAAUAUGUGACGACUGAUGGUGAGAGAAUGAAGGGUAAAUUUUUUAUUGUAAUUGUGCCUUAAAGUGUGUACUAACUAUAUUUUUGUGGAAAUAUUAGUCUUUACAUAAACAAAUGAAACUCUCGAUAGUUAUUGUUAUUAUUGAAGAUGUUUUAUUGUAAAUAAAUUGGUAAUAUUUGUUCAAAAUAAUUGCACAAUACAUGCAAUGAUUAGUAGUAAUCAUGUAAUAUGUUACUAACGUAUUCUAUUUACCUAGUUUAAGGACUAUUACUGUGGCUGUGGUCUUCUAGCGUAUGUAUAUGCUUAAAUUGUACUAUUAAGAAAUCAUAGUCAUUUAUUUUCGAAUCUUAAAUGGUUGAAAAUUCUACAUAUAAAAUUUUUGUUUUGGCAAUUGAAUUUAUUUAUUUCAAUCUUAGAUUAUGGUUAUAACUAUUUUAGAAGUUUCGUAGAAACCUAUACAUUUUUGUAUAUAAUGACAUGAAUUUGUUAAUUUUUUAUAAAGCGAAUACUUAUACACGUACUUAACUAUUCCUUCCAUAGAUAUUAUAAAGGAUCGAGUACUUUCAAAAGUACAAUGUUUUUAAUACAUAAAUGAGAAUUUAUGAGAUUUUAUGAUGGUGACUAUGAUUUUUGAGUUGUUUUUUAUUUAUCGAUGCCACAGUGCCAUAUAGAGUAACAUUAUUUAAGGAAUUAUCAAUAGGAACGCGUAUGGACUAUUGUCUUGCCGUAAAUCAUGACAACGUAUAAAUUGUCAAUUGAAAUGUCCAUUUGAUAACUGUUUUCCGACAAAUAGUGCGUAGUACACUAUAGUCUGUCUUGGCCCUUUUGAAAUACACAAUAUUUGCCAAAUAACCGUA